UGAUCACAAAAGUGAUAUUCUUCUGCGGCGUUGACUAUGCCUCACCAGCUUGGCAGAUGUACAAUCUAAAAGGUACGGACUCCCGACGGGAUGUGAAUCAAUGAGCACAUGGAGAGUGUACUGAACUAGCCCGCCCACUUGUUUGAAUCGUCAAACAGGCAUUGGACUCAUUUGCUCCUGCAUUUGUAAGUGACGAUUAUAGGUCUAUUACCAGGAGCUGUUGGGACUCUAAAAUCUUCCAUCCAAAUCUUCCAUUCACAUCUCUAAAGGUGGGUAGUGCUCAACACCUUCACUAUCAGAAGGUAUUUCCAAUACAUUCUUCCUAUUCACAAUUCAUUUACCACCACCGAUACUCUAUGAAUGCCAGCGCGUGUGGAAACCCAACUCUAUCUGCAAUUACAAAGGUCCAAAAUGGCACAAAACUCAAAGGAAGCGCAAACAGAUGUUGAGGAUAGACCUCUACUCACAACAUUAGGCAUGUAUACUCUAGAUGAUUUAUACUUCCAUAACGGCGAGAUAAAUUCCGAGUUCUGGGUGGAAGUGGUGUUAUAUGCAAUCCUAGGCGCUCGCCUCUUUCUUCAAGGCGAAAAUGCAAAAAAGCUUUCCUGGUUAAUCGAGCUGGAAACGCAUUUCCUAAAGAAAUUGAAGAUAGGCUUAAGAGUUGGGUACUGAUCUGGUAAUUGAGAAAAGUAAGGAAGAUGGAGUGGAGUGUACGAGAGGACAGUUGAGGUAUUAUCGUGGGUUUGAAAGGGAAGGUGGUGAAAACAUGGAGUUUGAGUGUUAGUGAGAAAAUACCUUUGACUAUAUGGUCAGAUUCUGUUUUAUUUACCCACUUGCACAUCUAGGGAUAAUCCACUAAUUACUCUAUGGAAGUUGAAUAUUCCUGUUGAGCUGAGGCUUUUACCAACAGUCAUUUUACAAAAAGACUUCGGAGUCUUACACUGUUGGCUACAACUCCUCAUCCCAGACUAAUAUAUCACCUAGCAAAAACCUUCAAAUAAAUCGAUGGACCUUACUGCAUUGAACCACAACACUUAGCUCCCUAUUUCAAUCUCCUCAAUUCACGCGUUUAUCACUUUCUCACCUCACCCAUCGACACCCUCAUUCAAGUCCCAGAACUCCUAAACAUGAGAAACGAAUGCGGAAUUCCGGCCACCCCAUUAAUAAUUUGGGAACCACUUCUAACCACUGUCAUACAUCUCCAACAUCUCGAACUAGAAACCUACAUGAAUGCUCUCAAAGUUGUAGACAUCCUCCCACCCAACCAUAUUGAGCUCGCCAGUUUCUUCGCCAUGGAUAAUUCUCAGGAUACAUUACAUAUAUCACGUUCCAUAAUCGAGCACCUUGGCAAUCAGAUCGUGCAAAGAGGAAUCGGAAAAGAUGGAAAAGGAACUAUGGUAAUUCGUUGCGGUCCAGAUGUUUGUUGUGUAUGGUAUCGCAAACGCAGAGAGUGGAUAUGAUUGAACCAUAUUGGGUAGGGGAAGAAAGCAAAGAUAGAGUAGUUGAUGCUACGGGUGCUGGUAAUGAAUUUUUAGGAGGAUUUGCAGUGGGAUGGAUGGCACAGGAGUGAUGGAGAUGAGUUGGUGGCAUGUGUAUAUGGUGGUGUUAGCGCUGGGAUUGUUUGUGAGAAGGUUGGAGUUCCUGUUUUGGAGAGAGGAGGAAAAGGCGGGGAUGAAGAUGAUAUAGAACUAUGGAAUAAAUAUAAUGUUGAUGUGAAGGUCGAGCUCUAUUUGGAGAGGUUGGUGAGAAAAGAAAUUAUCUUA